AUGUGUGAGUGUCUGCGUGGAAUAUUCAGAGUUACCUGGACACCUUCCUCCAAUGCAGACUCUGACAGAGAAGAGGACAGCCAUGGUUUCAGUCGGACCAGAGAUUCAGCCGUAAAAGACAAGAGGCGGUCGCCCCCCCCCAGCAGAUCCACCACCGGCCCUCAAGGCAACCCUCACCACAGCGGCUCCACAGACGAGCAGGAGAGCCCCGAGAGAGUGGUGCAGAAGGAGAAGCUUCAUGCAGAACUGAAACAGGUGCUGAGUCAGAAGAGAAGUCACCUGAGAGAGUCCACCUGCCAGCUGGCCCAACCAGAGAUGGACCCGGAUCCCACAGAGGAACAGACAAGCGUGGAUGAGGCCUCCAGCUCCAUGCUCAUCGUGGUGGAGACAGAGGCGGAGGCCGGCGCCAGCGGCUACAGCGUGACCGGAGGCGGCGAGCGAGGGAUCUUUGUCAAAGACGUCCUCAAAGACUCUCCAGCUGCCAAACAUCUCAGUCUGCAACAAGGGGACCAGCUGCUGAGCGCCAAGGUCUACUUCGACAACGUCAAGUACGAAGAUGCGCUGAAGAUCCUUCAGUGUGCGGAGCCGUACAAGGUCAGCUUCCAACUGCAGAGGACCAUCCCCGGGGCCGAGGUCAGCGUGCAGCCUCGAGCUCCCAGCGUGGAGGUCAAAGGUCCCAAAGCCAAGAUGGCCAAAAUGAGUGUAAAGGGCACCAAGGCGUUCAAGGCCAAGAAGAAAAGAGGAGGUCGCUUUGGUCUGAAGAGGCUAAAAGAGAAGCGCAGGGAGGAGCUGGUGAUAGAGGGAACGCCCCCCCAGCUGGAGAUGAGUGAUGUGGACGUGGAGUUCUCUCUCCCCAAAUUCAAACAGAGGAGGAGUGUGAAGGCGGAGGCAGAAGGAACAGCAGCCAAGGCAAAGAGGAGGAUCAGGUUUCCUCGUAUGAAAUCAAAGGGAGGAAAAGUGGAAACAGGACAGAUUGAGGGACAUGCAAGUAUUUCUCCAUCUGAGAUUCCUGGAGCCAAAGUGAAAACCAAAGAAAAGGGAUACAAAUUUGGAAUCACCUUUCCAAAGAGCAAACACACAACGUCCGGCUCAGCUUUGGAUUCUGGAUCUGUGGAGGUGAAGCCGCCGGGUGUGAACAUCCAGCCACCAGCAGUGGACUUCAGCUUGUCUGGUAAUAGAGACAUGGACGGGGACAGGGGAGCGCUGAAGUUUAAUGUGCCGGACGUGGAGUUUGCUCCCUCUUCGGCUGAGGCAUCUUUGCCCACUGUGAAGGGAAAGGCAAAUAUCAAAGCUCCAAAAAUCAAAAUCAAGGGAGGAAGUGAUGCAGCUGAAGGAAAAGGAGAUGCAAAGCUCAGACUGCCAAAGUUGAAAUUACCCAAAGUUAGACUCUCACGUCAUUCAGAUGAAAUAGAUGGUGACAUGAAGAUAAAAAGAUGGGUGAAAAUGCCCAGUGUUGACGUAACACCUCCAAAAGUAGGAAUCAGAGGAGCGGGGGGGAUUGGUCUCCCUGAAGCUAAGCUGGAGGGUAACCUCUCAGGAAAAGCUGCAUCGAUUCAAAUUCCUUCUGCUGAUAUUUCUUUACCGAAAGUGAAGGGAAAGUCCGACAUUGACGUCUCACUCCCAGAGUAUAAAGGAGCCGGGAAGACCACAAUCAAAAUGCCAACAGUUGACAUCUCAAUGCCUGAUGCUGAGUUGGAAUUGGACACCGGACGGAGAAUACCCGAUGAGGUGGAGGGCACUUUCAAAGGGCCCAAAAUCUCCAUGCCACAGGUUGAUAUCUCAUUACCCAAGAUGGGAUCACCUGAUGCGGAUAUGGAAUGUCCAGGGGGUGGAGGGAAAUUCAAUCUACCUUCUGUUGACAUCUCUCCACCAAAGGUGAAAGCGGAGGGUGAAGAUGUGGAUAUGGACUAUUUUGUUGGUGGUGAUGGGAAGUUCAAAAUGCCUAGUUUUGACUUAUCUCUCCCAAAUAUUAAGCCACCAGAAGGAGAUGUAACUAUAAAAGGACAGAAGGUGGAAGGAGGCUACAAGUUGCCCAAAGUAGACUUGACCCUUCCCAAAGGCAAAGUCGGAACAACUAAUAUUGAAGGAGAAGGAAAAUGUAAUAUUCCAUCAUUAGACAUAUCUCUCCCUAAAGUGAAGACAGGGGAGUUGGACGUCAACAUUGUUGGCCCUGAAGUGAAAGGACAUAAAUUUGGAUUGGUCACACCUGAUGUGGAUGUGUCUCUGCCUAAAGGCAACAUUUCUGGAGACGUAAAAGUCGAAGGACAUGUUGAGAAAGGAGGAAAAUUCAAAAUGCCCUCUUUCGAUGUUUCUGGGCCCAAACUGAAACAACCAGACGUGAACAUCGAGGGGCCCGGAUACGAAGGUGGAGAUAAGAUCCAGAUGCCCUCUGUUGAUAUAUCUCUGCCGAAAGGAGAGAUGGGGGGUGACAUUGAAAUAGAGGGUCCAUCUACCAGAGGAGGGAAAUUCAAAAUGCCCUCACUUGAUGUCAGACUCCCUAGGAUGGGGACAUCUGGAGCCGAGGUUGACUUGCAAGGACCUAAGAUUAAAGGGGGGGGAAUCGAGGCACCAUCAGUGGACAUUUCUUUACCGAAAGGUAAAUCCAAGGCUGAGGUUGACCUAGACGGAAAGGGAGGCAAGUUUAAAAUGCCUUCGUUUAAUGUAGAUCUUCCAAAGAUGAAAUUCCCUGAGGGCGAGGUUGUUCUGCAGGGACCUAAAGUUAAAGGGGGAAAGAUCAACAUGCCCACGGUUGAUAUCUCAGUCCCCCAAGGAAAGCUAGAGGGAGGUGGGAACAUUGAUGGAGGUGAAUUAAAAGGAGGCAAACUCAGCAUGCCCUCUGUGGACAUUUCUCUCCCAAAAAUGAAACUUUCCGAAGGAGCAGUAAAGCUAGAAGGCCCCGAACUUCCAAAUGUUGACUUGUCACUUCCCAAGGCAAACAUGCCGACUUUUGACAUCUCACUCCCAAAGACAAAAACAAAAGGAGAGGUUGACAUUGAUGGGUGUGAAGUCAAAGGGGGAGCAAAGGUCAACAUGCCAUCACUGGACAUCACUCUUCCUGCCAUGAAGUCCCCACAGGGGGAGGUGAAAGGAGGCAAAUUUAAGAUGCCUUCAUUUGAUGUAUCUCUACCAAAGGGGAAGUUGGCUAAGGGAGAUAUUGGCCUUGAGGGACCCUCAGUUGAUAUCUCUAUCCCAAAAGGAAAAGUAGCGGGUGACAUUAAAACUAAAGGUAAAGCAGGACAUUUUCAAAUGCCCUCAAUUGAUGUUUCUCUUCCUAAAAUGAAAUCAAAGCGAGGAGACAUCAACAUUGAGGGUCCAGAACUCAAACGUGGGGAAAUUAAAAUGCCAACUAUUGACAUUUCACCCCCUCAAGGAACAUUUGAAGGUGACAUCAAUGUCAAAGGUGAAGGAAAAGGUGGCAAGUUCAACCUGCCGUCUGUAGAUGUCGCCCUACCUGCAGUAAAAUUCCCUGAGGGUGAUGUGAACUUUCAAGGUCCAAAAGUAAAAGGUGGGAAAUUUGAAAUGCCAAAAAUCAACAUAGACCUUCCCAAAGGUAAAGCACAGGGAGAUAUUGAUAUUGACAUUCACUCUGGAAAAGAUGGAAAUAUUGAAAUACCAUCCUGUGAUAUUGGAUUUCCUAAAGGAAAUGUCACAGGUGACGUACAUUUUGAAGGUCCUGGAGGUAAAGGGGGGAAGAUGAAGAUGCCAAAAUUUGAUAUUUCAUUACCAAAAGUAAAUUUUCCUGAGGGUGAUGUAAAAUUCAAAGGGCCGGACACCAAGGGCAGAAGGAUUGAGAUGCCAGACAUUGAUAUUACUCUUCCAAAAGGGAAAGCUGAAGGAAAAAUUGAAAUUGAGGGGCACAGUGGCAAAGGAGGCAAGUUUCACAUGCCCUCAUUUGGUAUCUCUCUUCCUAAAAUCAAAGCAGAAGGAGUAGAUAUCAGUCUUGAGGGUCCUGAUGUUAAAGGAGGGAAGUUUAACUUGCCAACUGUUGACAUCAAACUCCCUAAAGGAAAAGUCGAGGGUGAAUUUGGUGUCGAGGUCCCUGAGGUGAAGGGUGGCAAGUUAAAAAUGCCAAAAAUUGAUGCGUCUCUACCAAAAGUUAGUCUCCCAGAAGGAGAUGUCAAAAUCAAAGGCCCAGACAUGAAGGGGGGGGAGAUUGAGAUGCCAGACAUUGAUAUUUCACUCCCCAAAGGAAAAGCAGAAGGAGAAAUUGAUAUUGGAGGACAUGCUGGUAAAGGAGGCAAAUUCCAUAUGCCCUCUAUUGAUAUCUCUCUCCCUAGAAUGAAAGCUAAGGGACCAGAGGUCAACAUAGAAGGUCCUGAACUUAAAGGGGGGGAAAUCCACAUGCCAGACAUCGACCUUUCACUUUCUAAAGGAAAGGUUGAUGCUGACCUCAGCAUUGAGGGCCCUGAGGUAAAAGGAGGCAAAUUGAUAAUGCCCAAAUUUAAUGUCUCACUUCCAAAGAUGACCCUGCCAGAGGGAAGUGCCAAACUGGAAGGACCUAAUGUUAAAGGGAAGUUUGAAAUGCCAAACAUUGACGUUUCACUUCCUAAAGGAAAAGUAAAGGGAGAGGUUGACAUCGAGGGAGAUGGUGACAAAGGGGGCAAGUUUCACAUGCCCUCAAUUAAUAUCUCUCUUCCUAAAAUCAAAUCAAAGGGAGCUGGUGUUGAUAUUGAGGGACCUGAACUUAAAGGUGACAUUUCAUUUCCAGAAGGAAAACUUGAGGGUGACUUAAACGUUGAAGGCCCUAAAAUAAAAGGGGGAGAAAUCAAUGUGGAAAGCCCUGAAGUGAUGGGUGGCAAGUUUAAAUUACCAAGAUUUGAUGUGUCUUUACCAAAAGUGAGUCUCCCAGAAGGUGAUGUCAAAGUAAAAGGCCCAGACAUCAAGGGGGGGAAGAUUAAGAUGCCAGACAUUGAUAUCUCACUUCCAAAGGGAAAGUUGGAUGUGGAUAUUGACAGUGAUGGGCACAGUGGCAAAGGAGGCAAGUUUCACAUGCCCUCAGUUGAUAUCUCUCUUCCUAAAAUCAAAGCAAAGGGAGUCGAUAUUCAAGGACCUGAAGUCAAAGGGGACAUUUCACUCCCUCAAAUUAAAUUUCCAGAGGUUGAUAUCAGUCUUGAGGGUCCCGAUGUUAAAGGAGGGAAGUUUAACUUGCCAACUGUUGACAUCACACUCCCUAAAGGAAAAGUCGAGAGUGACUUUGGUGUUGAGGGCCCUGAGGUGAAGGGUGGCAAGUUUAAAAUGCCAAAAUUCGAUGUGUCUCUACCAAAAGUUAGUCUCCCAGAAGGAGAUGUCAAAAUAAAAGGCCCAGACAUGAAGGGAGGGAAGAUUGAGAUGCCAGACAUUGAUAUUUCACUCCCCAAAGGAAAAGCAGGAGGAGAAAUUGAUAUUGGAGGACAUGCUGGUAAAGGAGGCAAAUUCCAUAUGCCCUCUAUUGAUAUCUCUAUCCCUAGAAUGAAAGCUAAGGGACCAGAGGUCAGCAUAGAAGGUCCUGAAUUUAAAGGGGGAAAAAUCCACAUGCCAGACAUCGACCUUACACUUCCUCAAGGAAAAGCAGACAUUUCACUGCCAGAAGGAAGUGUCAAACUGGAAGCACCUGAGGUAAAAGGAGGAAAGAUGCCAGCAAUACCAGCUGUUGAUAUAUCUGUUCCAGUGGGAAACGUGGAAAGAGAUUUCAACCUUCAAGGACCAUCUGGAAAGGGAAAGAUUGAAGGGCCAAAAAUAAAUCUCCAAAAGUUUGAUUUUGACCUCAGCCUCCCUUCUGGUACGAAAGACAUUAGCCUCAAAAUGGACACCAGUGGUGCUAAUGCAUCAGGAGAUAUGGUCAUAAAACCAGCCAAGUUGAAGGUUAAGGGUGCAGAUAUUGAGACAGGUGGUGUUGAAGGUCAAGGUGCAGCAGUUAAACUUCCCUCAGUCAAAUUACCAACAGUUGACGUAAAAGCUCCAAAGGUGGAUUUAGACUUUGGUAUUAAAAAAGCUAAAGGGGACGAUGUGGAAGUGGAGCUCCUGAAAGCAGAGGGAGGACGGCCUUCAUCAGGGAUCAGCUUUGAUUUACCGGAUGUCUCCCUCAAAAUGCCCAGUUUUUCUUUUCCAAAGUUUGGUGCAAAGUCCAAGAGUGGUGAAUUAGAAAUAUCAGGGAAAGGCCCUAAGGCAGAUGUUUCCCUCGUACCACCACAUGUGGAAGGAGAGAUAAGAGCACCAUCACUAGACUGUGAUGGGGAUGGAAAGGUCAAGGUGAAAAAACCUAAAAUCAAAUUACCCAAAUUCUCCAUGCCAGGAUUUGGCUCCAGAGAAAAAGAUUUGGGGAAGCCAAGAGGUGACCUUGGAGCUAAGGCCAAGGUCAAGAUGCCCUCCAUUGAGCUGUCGCUACCAGCAGGUAAAACUCCAGAGACUGAGGUUCUUCUCCCCAAAGCAGAAGUUGAUGUUACAGAGGCUGAUAUCAAAGGUUAUGAGGGGAACCUUAAAAUUCCCAAAAUGCCGAUUGUUAACGUUUCUAUUCCAAAAAUAGACCUGGAUCUAUCCCUGCCAAAAGGAAAGUCCCAAAAGAUCGAAAUACCAGAUGUGGAAUUAAAAGCAGGUGAAGGAAAGUUCAAAAUGCCUCACAUAACAAUGGCAGAUGUUGACCUCUCUCUGCCCAAAGGAAAGAUUGAAGGUCCAGAAGUUGAAAUGGAGGGAGGUACCGGAGGAAAGUUCAAAAUGCCUCAAAUGAAAAUGCCAAAUAUUGACCUCUCCCUGCCCAAAGGAAAGAUUGAAGGUCCAGAUGUUGAACUGGAGGGAGGUACUGGAGGAAAAUUCAAAAUGCCUCAUAUGAAAAUGCCAAAUGUUGACCUCUCCCUGCCUAAAGGAAAGAUUGAAGGUCCAGAAGUUGAAAUGGAGGGAGGUACUGGCGGAAAAUUCAAGAUGCCCCAUUUCAGCAUGCCCUCUGUAGAUAUUUCACUUCCAAAAGGAAAGAUUGAAGGUCCUGAAGUUGAACUGGAGGGAGGUACUGGAGGAAAGUUCCAAAUGCCUUAUAUGAAAAUGCCAAAUAUUGACCUCUCUCUGCCUAAAGGAAAGAUUGAAGGUCCAGAAGUUGAAAUGGAGGGAGGUACUGGAGGAAAAUUCAAGAUGCCCCAUUUCAGCAUGCCCUCUGUUGAUAUUUCACUCCCAAAAGGAAAGAUUGAAGGUCCAGAAGUUGAAAUGGAGGGAGGUACUGGAGGAAAGUUCAAAAUGCCUCAUAUGAAAAUGCCAAAUAUUGAUCUCUCUCUGCCUAAAGGAAAGAUUGAAGGUCCAGAAGUUGAAAUAGAGGGAGAGGGAGGAAAAUUCAAGAUGCCCCAUUUCAGCAUGCCCUCUGUUGAUAUUUCACUUCCAAAAGGAAAGAUUGAAGGUCCAGAAGUUGAACUGGAGGGAGGUACUGGAGGAAAAUUCAAAAUGCCUCAUAUGAAAAUGCCAAAUAUUGACCUCUCCCUGCCCAAAGGAAAGAUUGAAGGUCCAGAAGUUGAACUAGAGGGAGGUACCGGAGGAAAGUUCAAAAUGCCUCAUAUGAAAAUGCCAAAUAUUGACCUCUCCCUGCCCAAAGGAAAGAUUGAAGGUCCAGAAGUUGAGCUGGAGGGAGGUACUGGAGGAAAAUUCAAAAUGCCUCAUAUGAAAAUGCCAAAUAUUGACCUCUCUCUGCCCAAAGGAAAGAUUGAAGGUCCAGAAGUUGAAAUGGAGGGAGGUUCCGGAGGAAAAUUCAAGAUGCCCCAUUUCAGCAUGCCCUCUGUUGAUAUUUCACUUCCAAAAGGAAAGAUUGAAUGUCCAGAAGUUGAACUGGAGGGAGGUACCGGAGGAAAAUUCAAAAUGCCUCAUUUGAAAAUGCCGAAUAUUGACCUCUCCCUGCCCAAAGGAAAGAUCGAAGGUCCAGAAGUUGAAAUGGAGGGAGGUUCUGGAGGAAAAUUCAAGAUGCCACAUAUGAAAAUGCCAAAUAUUGACCUCUCCCUUCCCAAAGGAAAGAUUGAAGGUCCAGAAGUUGAAAUGGAGGGAGGUACUGGAGGAAAAUUCAAGAUGCCCCAUUUCAGCAUGCCCUCUGUUGAUAUUUCACUUCCAAAAGGGAAGAUUGAAGGUCCUGAAGUUGAACUGGAGGGAGGUACUGGAGGAAAAUUCAAAAUGCCUCAUAUGAAAAUGCCAAAUAUUGACCUCUCCCUGCCCAAAGGAAAGAUUGAAGGUCCAGAAGUUGAAAUGGAGGGAGGUACUGGAGGAAAAUUCAAAAUGCCUCAUAUGAAAAUGCCAAAUAUUGACCUCUCCCUGCCCAAAGGAAAGAUUGAAGGUCCAGAAGUUGAAAUGGAGGGAGGUUCCGGAGGAAAAUUCAAGAUGCCCCAUUUCAGCAUGCCCUCUGUUGAUAUUUCACUUCCAAAAGGAAAGAUUGAAGGUCCAGAAGUUGAACUGGAGGGAGGUACUGGAGGAAAAUUCAAAAAGCCUAAUCUGAAAAUGCCAAAUAUUGACCUCUCCCUGCCCAAAGGAAAGAUUGAAGGUCCAGAAGUUGAAAUGGAGGGAGGUUCCGGAGGAAAAUUCAAGAUGCCGCAUUUCAGCAUGCCCUCUGUUGAUAUUUCACUUCCAAAAGGAAAGAUUGAAGGUCCAGAAGUUGAACUGGAGGGAGGUACUGGAGGAAAAUUCAAAAUGCCUCAUAUGAAAAUGCCAAAUAUUGACCUCUCCCUGCCCAAAGGAAAGAUUGAAGGUCCAGAAGUUGAAAUGGAGGGAGGUUCCGGAGGAAAAUUCAAGAUGCCCCAUUUCAGCAUGCCCUCUGUUGAUAUUUCACUUCCAAAAGGAAAGAUUGAAGGUCCAGAAGUUGAACUGGAGGGAGGUACUGGAGGAAAAUUCAAAAUGCCUCAUAUGAAAAUGCCAAAUAUUGACCUCUCCCUGCCCAAAGGAAAGAUUGAAGGUCCAGAAGUUGAACUAGAGGGAGGUACCGGAGGAAAGUUCAAAAUGCCUCAUAUGAAAAUGCCAAAUAUUGACCUCUCCCUGCCCAAAGGAAAGAUUGAAGGUCCAGAAGUUGAGCUGGAGGGAGGUACUGGAGGAAAAUUCAAAAUGCCUCAUAUGAAAAUGCCAAAUAUUGACCUCUCUCUGCCCAAAGGAAAGAUUGAAGGUCCAGAAGUUGAAAUGGAGGGAGGUUCCGGAGGAAAAUUCAAGAUGCCCCAUUUCAGCAUGCCCUCUGUUGAUAUUUCACUUCCAAAAGGAAAGAUUGAAGGUCCAGAAGUUGAACUGGAGGGAGGUACCGGAGGAAAAUUCAAAAUGCCUCAUUUGAAAAUGCCGAAUAUUGACCUCUCCCUGCCCAAAGGAAAGAUUGAAGGUCCGGAAGUUGAAAUGGAGGGAGGUUCUGGAGGAAAAUUCAAGAUGCCACAUAUGAAAAUGCCAAAUAUUGACCUCUCCCUUCCCAAAGGAAAGAUUGAAGGUCCAGAAGUUGAAAUGGAGGGAGGUACUGGAGGAAAAUUCAAGAUGCCCCAUUUCAGCAUGCCCUCUGUUGAUAUUUCACUUCCAAAAGGAAAGAUUGAAGGUCCAGAAGUUGAACUGGAGGGAGGUACUGGAGGAAAAUUCAAAAUGCCUCAUAUGAAAAUGCCAAAUAUUGACCUCUCCCUGCCCAAAGGAAAGAUUGAAGGUCCAGAAGUUGAACUAGAGGGAGGUACCGGAGGAAAGUUCAAAAUGCCUCAUAUGAAAAUGCCAAAUAUUGACCUCUCCCUGCCCAAAGGAAAGAUUGAAGGUCCAGAAGUUGAGCUGGAGGGAGGUACUGGAGGAAAAUUCAAAAUGCCUCAUAUGAAAAUGCCAAAUAUUGACCUCUCUCUGCCCAAAGGAAAGAUUGAAGGUCCAGAAGUUGAAAUGGAGGGAGGUUCCGGAGGAAAAUUCAAGAUGCCCCAUUUCAGCAUGCCCUCUGUUGAUAUUUCACUUCCAAAAGGAAAGAUUGAAGGUCCAGAAGUUGAACUGGAGGGAGGUACCGGAGGAAAAUUCAAAAUGCCUCAUUUGAAAAUGCCGAAUAUUGACCUCUCCCUGCCCAAAGGAAAGAUUGAAGGUCCGGAAGUUGAAAUGGAGGGAGGUUCUGGAGGAAAAUUCAAGAUGCCACAUAUGAAAAUGCCAAAUAUUGACCUCUCCCUUCCCAAAGGAAAGAUUGAAGGUCCAGAAGUUGAAAUGGAGGGAGGUACUGGAGGAAAAUUCAAGAUGCCCCAUUUCAGCAUGCCCUCUGUUGAUAUUUCACUUCCAAAAGGAAAGAUUGAAGGUCCAGAAGUUGAACUGGAGGGAGGUACUGGAGGAAAAUUCAAAAUGCCUCAUAUGAAAAUGCCAAAUAUUGACCUCUCCCUGCCCAAAGGAAAGAUUGAAGGUCCAGAAGUUGAACUAGAGGGAGGUACCGGAGGAAAGUUCAAAAUGCCUCAUAUGAAAAUGCCAAAUAUUGACCUCUCCCUGCCCAAAGGAAAGAUUGAAGGUCCAGAAGUUGAGCUGGAGGGAGGUACUGGAGGAAAAUUCAAGAUGCCUCAUAUGAAAAUGCCAAAUAUUGACCUCUCUCUGCCCAAAGGAAAGAUUGAAGGUCCAGAUGUUGAAAUGGAGGGAGGUACUGGAGGAAAAUUCAAAAUGCCUCAUAUGAAAAUGCCAAAUAUUGACCUCUCUCUGCCCAAAGGAAAGAUUGAAGGUCCAGAAGUUGAAAUGGAGGGAGGUUCCGGAGGAAAAUUCAAGAUGCCCCAUUUCAGCAUGCCCUCUGUUGAUAUUUCACUUCCAAAAGGAAAGAUUGAAGGUCCAGAAGUUGAACUGGAGGGAGGUACCGGAGGAAAAUUCAAAAUGCCUCAUUUGAAAAUGCCGAAUAUUGACCUCUCCCUGCCCAAAGGAAAGAUUGAAGGUCCGGAAGUUGAAAUGGAGGGAGGUUCUGGAGGAAAAUUCAAGAUGCCACAUAUGAAAAUGCCAAAUAUUGACCUCUCCCUUCCCAAAGGAAAGAUUGAAGGUCCAGAAGUUGAAAUGGAGGGAGGUACUGGAGGAAAAUUCAAGAUGCCCCAUUUCAGCAUGCCCUCUGUUGAUAUUUCACUUCCAAAAGGAAAGAUUGAAGGUCCAGAAGUUGAACUGGAGGGAGGUACUGGAGGAAAAUUCAAAAUGCCUCAUAUGAAAAUGCCAAAUAUUGACCUCUCCCUGCCCAAAGGAAAGAUUGAAGGUCCAGAAGUUGAACUAGAGGGAGGUACCGGAGGAAAGUUCAAAAUGCCUCAUAUGAAAAUGCCAAAUAUUGACCUCUCCCUGCCCAAAGGAAAGAUUGAAGGUCCAGAAGUUGAGCUGGAGGGAGGUACUGGAGGAAAAUUCAAGAUGCCUCAUAUGAAAAUGCCAAAUAUUGACCUCUCUCUGCCCAAAGGAAAGAUUGAAGGUCCAGAUGUUGAAAUGGAGGGAGGUUCCGGAGGAAAAUUCAAGAUGCCCCAUUUCAGCAUGCCCUCUGUUGAUAUUUCACUUCCAAAAGGAAAGAUUGAAGGUCCAGAAGUUGAACUGGAGGGAGGUACCGGAGGAAAAUUCAAAAUGCCUCAUUUGAAAAUGCCAAAUAUUGACCUCUCCCUGCCCAAAGGAAAGAUUGAAGGUCCAGAAGUUGAAAUGGAGGGAGGUUCUGGAGGAAAAUUCAAGAUGCCCCAUUUCAGCAUGCCCUCUGUUGAUAUUUCACUUCCAAAAGGAAAGAUUGAAGGUCCAGAAGUUGAACUGGAGGGAGGUACUAGAGGAAAGUUCAAAAUGCCUCAUAUGAAAAUGCCAAAUAUUGACCUCUCCCUGCCCAAAGGAAAGAUUGAAGGUCCAGAAGUUGAGCUGGAGGGAUGUACUGGAGGAAAAUUCAAAAUGCCUCAUAUGAAAAUGCCAAAUAUUGACCUCUCUCUGCCCAAAGGAAAGAUUGAAGGUCCAGAAGUUGAAAUGGAGGGAGGUUCCGGAGGAAAAUACAAGAUUCCCCAUUUCAGCAUGCCCUCUGUUGAUAUUUCUCUUCCAAAAGGAAAGAUUGAAGGUCCUGAAGUUGAACUGGAGGGAAGUACCGGAGGAAAGUUCAAAAUGCCUCAUAUGAAAAUGCCAAAUAUUGACCUCUCUUUGCCAAGAGGAAAGAUUGAAGGUCCAGAAGUUGAGCUGGAGGGAGGUACUGGAGGAAAAUUCAAAAUGCCUCAUAUGAAAAUGCCAAAUAUUGACCUCUCUCUGCCUAAAGGAAAGAUUGAAGGUCCAGAAGUUGAAAUGGAGGGAGGUUCCGGAGGAAAAUUCAAAAUGCCCCAUUUCAGCAUGCCCUCUGUUGAUAUUUCACUUCCAAAAGGGAAGAUUGAAGGUCCUGAAGUUGAACUGGAGGGAGGUACUGGAGGAAAGUUCAAAAUGCCUCAUAUGAAAAUGCCAAAUAUUGACCUCUCCCUGCCCAAAGGAAAGAUUGAAGGUCCAGAAGUUGAGCUGGAGGGAGGUACUGGAGGAAAAUUCAAAAUGCCUCAUAUGAAAAUGCCAAAUAUUGACCUCUCUCUGCCCAAAGGAAAGAUUGAAGGUCCAGAAGUUGAAAUGGAGGGAGGUUCCGGAGGAAAAUACAAGAUGCCCCAUUUCAGCAUGCCCUCUGUUGAUAUUUCACUUCCAAAAGGAAAGAUUGAAGGUCCUGAAGUUGAACUGGAGGGAAGUACCGGAGGAAAGUUCAAAAUGCCUCAUAUGAAAAUGCCAAAUAUUGACCUCUCUUUGCCAAGAGGAAAGAUUGAAGGUCCAGAAGUUGAGCUGGAGGGAGGUACUGGAGGAAAAUUCAAAAUGCCUCAUAUGAAAAUGCCAAAUAUUGACCUCUCUCUGCCUAAAGGAAAGAUUGAAGGUCCAGAAGUUGAAAUGGAGGGAGGUUCCGGAGGAAAAUUCAAAAUGCCCCAUUUCAGCAUGCCCUCUGUUGAUAUUUCACUUCCAAAAGGGAGGAUUGAAGGUCCUGAAGUUGAACUGGAGGGAGGUACUGGAGGAAAGUUCAAAAUGCCUCAUAUGAAAAUGCCAAAUAUUGACCUCUCCCUGCCCAAAGGAAAGAUUGAAGGUCCAGAAGUGGAGAUGGAGGGAGGUACCGGAGGAAAAUUCAAGAUGCCUCAUAUGAAAAUGCCAAAUAUUGACCUCUCCCUGCCCAAAGGAAAGAUUGAAGGUCCAGAAGUUGAAAUGGAGGGAGGUACCGGAGGAAAAUUCAAAAUGCCUCAUAUGAAAAUGCCAAAUAUUGACCUCUCCCUGCCCAAAGCAAAGAUUGAAGGUCCAGAAGUUGAGCUGGAGGGAGGUACUGGAGGAAAAUUCAAAAUGCCUCAUAUGAAAAUGCCAAAUAUUGACCUCUCCCUGCCCAAAGGAAAGAUUGAAGGUCCAGAAGUUGAAAUGGAGGGAGGUUCCGGAGGAAAAUUCAAAAUGCCCCAUUUCAGUAUGCCAUCUGUUGAUAUUUCACUUCCCAAAGGAAAGAUUGAAGGUCCUGAAGUUGAAUUGGAGGGAGGUACUGGAGGAAAGUUCAAAAUGCCUAAUCUGAAAAUGCCAAAUAUUGACCUCUCCCUGCCCAAAGGAAAGAUUGAAGGUCCAGAAGUUGAGCUGGAGGGAGGUACUGGAGGAAAAUUCAAAAUGCCUCAUAUGAAAAUGCCAAAUAUUGACCUCUCCCUGCCUAAAGGAAAGAUUGAAGGUCCAGAAGUUGAAAUGGAGGGAGGUUCCGGAGGAAAAUUCAAGAUGCCCCAUUUCAGCAUGCCCUCUGUUGAUAUUUCACUUCCAAAAGGAAAGAUUGAAGGACCAGAAGUUGAACUGGAGGGAGGUUCUGGAGGAAGAUUCAAAAUGCCUCAUAUUAAAAAGCCAAAUAUUGACCUCUCCCUGCCCAAAGGAAAGAUUGAAGGUCCAGAAGUUGAGCUGGAGGGAGGUACUGGAGGAAAAUUCAAAAUGCCUCAUAUGAAAAUGCCAAAUGUUGACCUCUCUCUGCCCAAAGGAAAGAUUGAAGGAAAGAUUGAAGGUCCAGAAAUUGAAAUGGAGGGAGGUACUGGAGGAAAAUUCAAGAUGCCCCAUCUCAGCAUGCCCUCUGUUGAUAUUUCAAUCCCCAAAGGAAAGAUUGAAGGUCCAGAAGUUGAACUGGAGGGAGGUUCCGGAGGAAAAUUCAAAAUGCCUCAUAUAAAAAUGCCAAAUGUUGACCUCUCUCUGCCUAAAGGAAAGAUUGAAGUUGCAGAGGUGGAGCUCAAAGGAGAGGGUGGAAAAUUCAACAUGCCCUCUGCUGAUAUGUCACUUCCCAAAGGAAAGAUUGAGGGUCCAGAAGUUGAGUUUGAGGGAGUUGAUUUGCAUGUUGAAGGAGAACACAAAGGUCUGAAACUCAAAAUGCCAACAAUAGAUAUCAAAAUUCCAAAAGGAGACUUAGAGCUUGAUAUAGGACUCCAUAGAGGAGGGGAUAAAACGGACAGGAAAAAAGUUGAACUACCUGACUUGGACCUCAACACAGCAGGAACCAGCAGCAAGGUUAAAGGGCCUAAAGUAAAAGGAACAAAAUUCAAGAUUGGAAUGGCAAAAAAGAAAACUGGCAAAAAUCUGACAGAAAAGGAGCACGGACGUAAGGUCAAAGAAGGACUUGAGUGUGAAGUUGAAGCUGAAACUCACAAUGGACAUAAAGAGGGCAAAGAUCGUAUGAACAUCUCCGUGCCAGAGGUUACAGUCCCAGGUGUUAGUAUGAAAACCACACAAGGUUCAGCCAACCUAGAAACAGGGGGAGCAUCUGAACUGUCAUCACCGAGUGCAGAAAUCAAAGUCCCCAGGAUUCAAGACAUAGAUUUUGAUAUUGGUACAUCACAAGAUGAAGAUGUUGAUAAAACAGAUAUAGGAAAGAAAAUCAAAAUCCCAAAGUUUGGUGUCGCAUUACCCUCUAUUUCCUCUACUGAGAGAAGAAUCUACGGGCCAGAAAUUCAGUAUGAGGGCCCUAAAAUGCCCAAAGUAAAGAAAGCUGUUUUUGUCUUGGUAAAUCCUUCCCAAGCAGAUGAACCUGCUACUUGCACAGGGCUCCUGCAGGGGGCGACAACAGCUGAGAUCGACACAGAGGACGUCAAAGUGAAGUUACCCAAAAUCAAAAUGAAGCCAACCUUUGGGAAGACAAAAGAUAAAUCAGCCACUGCGAGCACAGAGAGAGAGGGGGGGGGAGAGGAGAAGUCAAAGGGAGGGAAGGUAAAAAUGUCCAAAGUGUCAUUUUCUCCUGGAAAAUCUGGGUCACUUGAUGUCAAUCUCAAGGGAGACGGUUCAAGUUCAAGUCUCAAUGGUGAAGACGCUGCAAGUCCUCACAAGGACGACAAAGGGAAAAUCACUGGUAAAAUCAAACUCCCAAAAGUGGAGUUCACCAGUCCAUAUGGCAAGAUGGUUGCUGGGGAGGGAGACACUGAAACCAGUGUGUUUUCAAAGGAAGUGGUGACAUCUCAUGCCAGAACAGAAAUGCUGGACAGGGACAGCUCGGAGUCUCCUGGUGGCUCCGCCGCGGGGUUCAGCUCGACCAAGGUCCGUGUUUGGAGUGAGGUGGACAGCAAAGAGUCUGAAGAAAGAGAGUCUUCCUCCUGGUUCAAGGUCCCAAAGUUCAACCUGAAGCCGCACUCCAAAGGCUUCCUCCGGAUAACCCCCGAGGGUUCUCCUCAGGCCAUGAGGAAGGGGGAGGUGGGAGGUGAGGCCGACGUCCUGGGAUCCUUCUGCCUCCACACCUCGGGGAUGGACAUCACCACCCUGGAAAGCUCAGAAGAGCACCAGGUGUCCUCCACCGAGUCGGAAACUCUCACCACGGUGACCAAGACCACCCGAGUCACCCAGUGUUUGGUUUCCACGGAAACACGAACAGGUGAAUCCUCGACAACCGUGACGACAACCGAGCAGGAGUUAGACUUUAAACACUGAGGACGCUGUAAUGAUUUCUUCGACGUCUUUUCAAUUGUUUUGUUUUUCUUUGGUGAGGUUGCAGUGUUCUCGUUCUCGCCUGCAACGUGGCAAACCUCUCUUAAAGAAAAGUUUUUACAAUAUAUUUUAAUAGGUUAAGUAUGAAUAUGGUGAAAAGCAAUGACAUUUCAUCAACCAGCAAUAUUGUUACUAUUAUAUCAUAUAUACUUCCUUUUUUUUCAUUUUAAAUGUGGCUGUUAUUUUGUUUUGUUCUGUUAGUUUAGUCCUGAUUAUUAUUGGAUUUCGUUUGGUUUUAAAAGGUUUCACUCUGAAUGUAAACACGUCAGAUUGCUUCUUUAUUUAUUGUUGUUUGUUUUGUUCACAAAACGCUGGAAUGAGUCAUUGUCUUACAUCAGCUUCAUGGAUUUGACCGUGAUUUUAUGAUUAGUUCAAAGUAAUUCAUUUUGAACCACGACAGCACAGGCCAGAGUAAUAUUUAUGUAAAUAUGACUUUAUUUAAAUUGCUUUUUUGAAGCAGUAGCCCUUCAAUCUGAAAUGUAAUUAUUUUCAUAUUCACCAGAGUCAGGAGUGGAAGUUAUAUAUUAUUUUUUGACCUGAUAACAUAUUUUGUUUGUCUAGAAGGAAAAGUGUGAGCUUUUUAUGGAUCAUGGCUUGUUCUCAUUUUCUGCCUUAGUUUUUAUAUUGGACUCAUUUAGCUGGUGCUGUUACCCAGAGAUAGUCACAGUGAGUGGGCAGGACACUCUGCACUCUAUCUGCUGUGGGGAUCAAACCUGUGACCGCCUGGUUGAAGGUUGCUCUCUGACAUUUAAGCCAACCUGCUGCUAAUCUAUUAUAUGUAUUUUACUGUAAACUGCCAGAUAAAGACACCACUGUAUAUUAAAGAUACACCUCCUGAGGGAUGUUGAUGUUUUGAUGAUAGCAGACUGGGAGCUAUUUUGGGUUCUAUGGGUAAAUGCUAUUGUAAAGGUAAAAAUAUAUAUAAAAUAAGCCUCUAAAAAUUACUAAGGCUGCUACAAUGACACACAGGCUAAGGAGUGGCCAGCCUUCCACUUUUUACAUAGGCCAUCACCUUCGAAGUAAAUCUAUACACUGAAGAGAGAGGAUCAAAAAUAAGAAAUAUUAAAAUAUUCUUAAUAAUUCUUGUUUCUUGUAUGAAUAUUUCUAAGAAUGUCAAUAGAGGUUAACUUGCAGUUCAAAUUACAGAUUAAUAAUCAUUUUAUUAAGUUCCUUUACCCCUUAUUUUUCAGGUGUAUCCCCCAUUUAAAAGAAAAGUUGCUUUGAGGGAGAAAAUGUCUUUUGAAUAUUUAUUACAUAUUUUAAGUUUCACUCGCAAAUGCAGUACAACUUGCCUUUGGAAAGUAAACAUUUUACACAUUACUUAUUUAGACAUUUACUUGCAAAUGUGGCAUAAAUCUGCUGAAUAAAAACUACUAUUCAAGAGGAUGUGAAGCAUUUGAGAAAGACGACUUUAUCACUUGGUUUAUUUACUCGGUUGGUAGAAGGAAUGAAAUCGUGUGAUAAAAGAAGUCACGACGAAUCCACUCCCACAUUUUUCACAUUAACAUUUAACUCUGUCCCUGUUUUGCAGAGUUUAGUGACACGUGAAGGUGACGCACACCGAGUAGCUUCUGUGUCUAUGAAGAUUUUACAUUUUCUGGUUUAAUCAAUUCUUCACAUUUCUUUCUAGAUUAUAAGGGUUUCAGUGCCAAGUGUUUUUGUCAAAGCUGCAUUGGAAAGAAUGUUGGUUAAGAUGUUUCAUCAAUAAAAUAAUAUUCACUCGAAAAA